UGGUAGGGAACCGUUUCUCUCUCCUGUAACAUCUUUGGCGGGUCAAAGUGAACGAACAGAUUCGGUACAAACUUCGCGCAUUGGCCAUCGGCCCUCUCCCGCAAAGGCAACGGAUUGCCAGUAUGCUGAGGCCGCUGCGGUCGAAUCCUUGAAGGAACCUCUUUCGGACUGUCUUGCGAGACACCUCAUCCGCCAUCUGUCUGCCGUCGCCUUCACGCCGCCGCCAUGGACAACGCCACCGAGGGCAGCUCCAAAAGGAAGAAAAGGAAAGCGAUGCCAUGGUUCGGCAUGGACAUUGGUGGCACGCUCACGAAGCUCGUGUACUUUGAACCGAAAGACAUCACGCCCGGCGAGCUGGAUCAGGAGGCGACGAUACUGCGCAACAUUCGGCGGUACCUGACUAAAAAUUCCGCCUACGGCCGAACCGGCCACCGGGACAUUCAUCUGCAGAUGGACGACGUGGUGAUACGGGGGCGACGCGGGUCGCUUCACUUUAUCCGCUUUCCCACCUCCGAGAUGCUGAGCUUUCUGCUGCUGGCCAAAUCCAAGGGCAUGGCGCAGCUGGUGACGACGGUCUGUGCCACCGGUGGCGGAGCCUUCAAGUUCGAGCAAGACUUUCGGCGGCAUGUCAACAUGAAGCUGGCCAAGUUCGAUGAACUGGACGCACUGAUCAAGGGCAUCCUGUUCACGGAGACGCACAACAAGUGCGAGUGCUACUACUGGGAGAACGCCAACGAAAUCAGUAGCACGAAGAAGAAGUUCGACUUCAGUCAACCGUAUCCGUUCAUCCUGGUAAACGUCGGUUCCGGCGUGUCCGUGCUGGCCGUCCGCGGACCCGACAACUACAAGCGCAUCUCCGGUACGAGCCUCGGCGGUGGAACAUUCCUGGGCCUGUGCUGUUUGCUCACUGGCUGUGAAACGUUUGAAGAAGCAAUACAACUGGCGACGAAGGGGGAUCAUAAGAAGGUAGAUAAGUUAGUUAAAGACAUUUACGGUGGCGACUACGAACGGUUCGGGCUUCCCGGUGAUCUGGUGGCGUCGAGCUUCGGCCAAAUGCACCUACAGGAACGGCGGAACAGUGUCAGCAAGGAAGAUCUGGCCCAUUCCACACUGGUGACGAUCACGAAUAACAUUGGUUCGAUCGCGCGCAUGUGCGCCAGCAAUGAGAAGAUAGAGAAGGUCGUGUUUGUCGGGAACUUUCUGCGCGUCAAUCCGAUCUCGAUGAAGCUGCUGGCGUACGCGAUGGACUACUGGUCGAAGGGCACCCUGAAAGCGCUGUUCCUCGAGCACGAAGGGUACUUUGGUGCCGUCGGUUGCCUUCUGCAGUUCAACGGGGAAUUGAAUGCACAAAUCAGUGAUCUACUUACCUAGGGAGUGAUGAUGUCUACGGAGAGGAAAGGAUUCAUUGAGUGAUUAGACCAAGAGAGAGAGAGCAGAAAAGAGCAGGGCGCAUAUCGGUCAACGGUUUCUGGGGGGCCGGACGGUGCAUAACAAUAACGUAACAUAACAAAAUUUGACACUUAAACGAUAAUCAUGUGUCUAAAGCUUUGUGGCUCAGCGGACCCUGUAAAACAUAACACGUAACACGUAACAAUGAGCGUUUGUUGACAAACGUAAGGAUAAUGUAAGUUCUUAUUUGUGAAGUUUUUCUAAAUUUUACUAUAAAUUUUUAUUAUAUUGACACAUGCUUAUCGAUUUUGUUACGUUAUGUUUUCGUUUCGCUCCGUGUGGCCCCCCAGUUUCGUUGGCAUUGUUUUUUUUAUUAAUUAAUAUUAUUUUCCAUCAUCAAUUAGCAGGUUGCGUUAGUGCAGGGAAUGUAACACGGAAGGGUAAUACCUAUAGGAGCUAAGAGCAACUGGAGGGCAGACCACGUUCAGUUACGUUAGUGUUAUUGCAACGAGUUAUUUUCGUUCUUUGCUUUAUUUUCCCAUUCAUCAAUGGUUCGCUUUUCUCGAUUUCCGUUUGUCUCUUUAAACCACACGCCAAGAAUGUAAUAAUUUUAAAUUCAGCGAUCGCGAUUGAAAAUCGUGGCCAAGCAAGAAGACAUUGCUGUUUGGUGGACCGUGACAAGAUUCGAAUGGAACGCACUAGGAUUAAGGAUUGCCUCAGUCAGUGGACCAGUGCACGGUGCGAAGGAACGAAAAAGUGUUGAAGAGCUGGUGGUUUCGUGUGGAAGUUGCAGUGGAAUGGACGAGCAUGUGUGCAGCCCCCAUGACCGAUAUCUAGUAUUUUAAGUGCAUCAAGAAAAAUCGAACGCAAACUAUGCGCGGGAGUGAGAUUCAAUCGGAGCGAGCGGACGUGAUCGGUGACGGAUUCUUAAGCCCAAAACACACCGCAAGCGGAAAUUUUGGAAAGCAAUUGUGUGAAGUGUCCCAUACAAUCCCAUACAAGAAAACGCGUUUUGACGUUCCGAAAUUAGCUUUCCAAAAUUUACGUCGGCGGUGUGUUUUGGCUUUUAUGGUCCUUAAAGGUCUUGAAACAAUCGCACUCGCUCGCCCCGCCAGAAAGAGAACCAACCUUUUUCUCUCCCUCUACCAAAGCUGUUUGGAUAGGUUUUAAAACGAUCGUUCAGUUACAAUCCCACACACUCGUUGGGCUCGUUGUUUUUCCUUUGGCUUAGUCUCGUUUCGUAGGUAAGAAUAGUGUUAGAGUCGCUCGACAGGCACAAACACAUCCGGUUGAUUGAACAGUGCAGCGCUCCCGUUCCCAAAAUGUUGCUUGGUUUGUCGUCCGACUAGAUUAUCUGUCGAAGUUUGCGUUUACUUGGCGUUCGUUUCAAUCGUAAGGAACCUGGGGUGGUUUAAACCCCGACUAGUGAAGAGCCUUCGGUCGACUGGUUCUGGAUCUGCGCCGAAGUAUUCGCCAAUCAAGCUACAAAUCUUUAAAACCAAUAACGCAGAUCGGCAUCCCACUGGAGUAGAUAACAGUUAUUGCAAUCAAAGCGAAACCAGAAAGAGGGCGAGUAAAAUGGAAAAGACAUUUUUUGAUCGCAUUCGAUCGUUGCUAAACAACUAUUUCCGCUAUUGCUUUACCCCGUUGAAUAAAAGCAAAACCAGAAUAUA